AUCAGCAAAGUUUCGAAAAGUUAGUCUUCAGACAUAAGUUUUUGUCGAUGGCUCAAGAGUCACCGUCAGAAAAAUCUAUCAGCCUUAGUUUGACUGCUCGAUAUGCACCCUCAUGGAAGACUUGGGAAGGAAUCCGUGAAGUUGUCCAAAACUGGCACGAUGGGGUGUAUUUCUCGCUGGAGAAACUGAGUGCCGUAUCGAGUUCAAGAUUGGCCUUUCACUAUACGAAAGAAAAAGAUUCACUCUCGUAUAAAGCAAUUUUAACAGCUGAAAAUUGCCUAAAAUUAGAAAGGAAAGCAGCAGAAGACAGAGACUCAGAUGAUCAAGAAGUGAGUGGCAGGAAUCAAACGCGAAAACCUGGUCAUCAAACCUUCGAUUCUUCCGUAACUGACAACAGAGCCAGAGGCGAUGACGGGGAAGGCUCUAUCGACAUUGAACUGGGACGAAUAGAUUAUAAUCCAACCAGACAAAAACUAACCUUGAUAAACCAUGACACAGAGCUUAUGAGGAAAGUUUUGCUUCUUGGUUUCUCAAAGAAAGCUUCAAACAAAGAAGUGAUUGGACAGUUUGGAGAAGGACUGAAAGUUGGUGCACUGGCUUUGGUGAGAGAAGGAAGAGUGGUUACCAUGAAGACUGGUAAAGAGCGGUGGAGAUUUGGAUUAUCUCACGAUGAGACGUUUGACGAAGAAGUUCUGACAGUAUUUGUUGAUGGCAGGUGGAAGGAAAGUAACGAUGAUGAUGAUGACAACAAUGACGACCAACAUGACAAGUAUAAUGACAAUUACGAGACAAACCUUGAACAGAUGAACACAUCUGUGACUGUCUUUCCUCUCUGUCGUGAGGACUGGGAAGUUUACCUAAAGCGGUUCCUCUUUCUUAGCCCACCUAAAGACUCUGUAAAGUCUGUGGCAGGAACUUUGCUUUUAGGUGAUCAUUACAAAGGUCAACUUUAUGUCAAAGGUGUCUGGGUAUCGGACCUUUCUAAGGAUGGAUUAGCAUCAGGAGUUGACUUUGUUCACCUCAGGAUUGAUAGGGAUAGAAGAGCUGUCAUUCAUCUCAGUGACAUUGAUCAUCAGAUAAGCAGCAUGUGGAUACAGGCAAUACAAGAAAGACCAGAUCUGAUUCCAUACUAUUAUAGCCUCUUGGAGGAGAACAAAACUUGUGAUGUGCGUCAUGCAGACUUUUACCUUAGUGAGACAUCUUCCUCGCUUCUAGCACAACACUUCUUUGCUGUUCAUGGAUCUAUGGCAUAUCCUGUACCAAACACAGUUUCAUCAGAUUUACUGACAGAAAUAAAAAGGGAAAUUAGUAAAAAACUGGUGAUGUGCAAUGAGGUCUUGAUUCAAGUGUUAUACAAGUCUGGUGUAGUGGAACCCCUGGAGACCAUUAUGUCAAAGGCUUCGACAAAGAAAUCAGCUACUGUUCCUUUUGCAGAAUUGACUCUAGAAGAAAUUGAUGUUCUGCAGCAUGUUGAAAAGCUUAUGAAGUUGUGCAAGCCAGAAUUCUGCAUGGCUACUAUAGAUAUUUUAGAAUCUUCAGGAACUGCAAGUGUUGUAAAUUCAAAGGAUCUUGGUCAUUAUGACAUUCCACGCACUUUGUUGAGUGGCAAGAUAGAUCACCAUUGUGAAACACAUCAAAGGAAGUGUUUUUGCAGAGAAGCUUUGAUUGUGUUUAACAUCUUGUCUCUGCAAUCAGACAAGCUGUUACAAGCUGGAAAUAGGCCGUCAAACGACUGCAAUGACAGUUUUGUCAAACUGUUGGCAUCAUUAUCAAUGCAGGUUUGCGAACUGAACCCUCCAUUUUGCCAAGAUUUGCAUGAAGUUCCACAAUCCAUGCAAACGUCUCUAACCUUGUCAGUGACCAAGAAGAGAGAGGAGACUUUGCAGAAAGAGAAGGAUUUUCUGAGUGCACAGCUUUCUGAAAGGGAUACAAGCCAUGCUCAGGAGCUCUUGAAACUUCAGUCAAAGAUUUCUGCCCUUGAGAAAGACCUGGUACUUCAACAAGUAAACUUGGUCAAUGUCGAACAGGAGAUCAGUGAGAGAUGGAAGAAAUCUCUACAAGACUUGCACAUGGAAAUGUCUAACAAAACAACUGAUCUUGAAAGAGACAAGAUCUUCUACCAGGAAAGGUUAGCAGCUGCAGAGGAAGACGUGAAGAACCAGAAAAAGGCACAUUCUCAUAAAGUAAGCAUUUUAAACGACAGGAAUGAUAUUCUGCGGAAAAGACUUGCUGAUAAGUUUGAGAGGCUCUCCAAGGUUGUGGUGGCUUCUAAGGAUGCUGAUAACUCCAUUGUUGAAAUCUUGAAAUCAGCAACUAAAGAGAUGGAGGAAAUGUGGUUUCAAAAGGACAAUUGCAUUAUAUGCACUCUUGAGAAACCAAACUGUGUAGUCAUUCCUUGUCGUCAUCAGAUCACUUGUUUUAAGUGCACUUCAUUCUUGGAGAAGUGUUCAUAUUGCAGAGGGCCCAUAGAGCAAAAAAUUCUCACUUAUAGUUUGUAGAAAUAAUAUUUCACCCUUAAACUCUUAGAAGUGAUUAACAUGUAAUUUCUCCAUAUAAUGUCCAUACAUUUUUUAGCAAACAAGAGACGAGAAUACUCAAACUUAUCAGUCAGAAGUUGUCAUCUUAAUCUGAUGCCAAAUUCUCAUAACUAAUCAAUUGUGGUAAUAGGAACAAGUGGAGUCCAAUUCCGUCUGUAAUCAUGCGAGUGAUUAACAAAAUUGGACAACCAUAAAGUGGGAGUCUGAUUUGUCAAUCACAAGUAUGAUUACAGACAGAAUUGGACGACACAAAGUCCUGUUACCAAUUAAUCAUAACCAUUACAAUUUCCAGAAAAAAAAAUUUAGGACAAACAUCUCCAGUAAGAACAAUGUCUAAAGCAAAAUAGUCAAAAAUUUCCUAGUUUUUUUUUUUUCAUGGUAAGUGGUUGUUGCUAUGGUUAUUGUGAUCAAUUCUGUGAUUGGUGGAUUUAGCUGAGUGGACUUAGUAUGAUUGGCUGCUUCAACUGUCUGAUUCCAGGUGUUUGACUACAGCAAACUGUCUGAUUACAACUGUACAGAGUGAUAAGUUAAAUAUAAAGGACAUGAUACACCAG